UGUUCUAGAAUUUAAUCGAAUAAAAUGGGUGGGAUUUAACCACCGCGCAUGCCCUGUGCGAACGUAUUGUUUACAUCCGGUCGUAGCAUAGGGUAAGAGUGCAAACUUUGUUAGUGCGAAGUAACUAAAAUUAGCUUAGAUUUCCGUAAUAUUAUUUCUUCUAAUUCUGCAGUAUGACGGAAUCGCCCGAAUUGUCACGUUUGCAGCGGAAACGUCAAUCAUGCACUAACAAUUGUAAGCAGGAAACCACCUAGCCUGAAAAACUUUUCGAUUGCGGCUAUGGCCACAAGCCAAAAAGGUCAACCUCAAACUUUUAUGAAAUUAGUACACUAUAAAUAGACACGCAUGGAUUGGUUUAGAAAUAAACAAAACUACAUUUAGAUUCAGUCAAAGGAAAUAUACAUGCUUCGCCGAAUACCAUUCAUAUCUGCGCAAAUAGUUGUAUAACAUUAAUUUGUGUCAUAUUUCUCGGAUUUUUAAAGUUGUACUUUUCCCCUUUUCUGCAAAAUGAGUGGGGAAGACGAUGAAAAUCGUUUUAUAAAAUGUGUUGUGGUAGGUGACGCGUGUGUUGGAAAAUCUUCUAUGAUGACGAGUUAUGCAACUCAUAUAUUCAGGUCGGAGUUUAUUCCAGGGCCAUGGGAGAAUUAUACAGUUACUGUCACUAUAGGGGAAACAUCUUACCAACUUGGGCUAUUUGAUACUCAUGGACAGGAAGAUUACGACCGUGUACGUCCCCUUACCUACCCUGGCACACAUGUAUUCCUUUUAUGUUACUCUGUUGUUUCGCCAAGUAGUAUGGAAAAUAUUGAAAUGAAAUGGCUACCGGAAGUGCGAUAUCAUUCGCCUACUUCCGCUUUUCUCAUAGUGGGAACUCAAAUAGAUCAACGAGAUAAUGAACGUGUGCUAGGAAAACUUCAACAAAAUUAUAGAUCAAAACCAGCAACUCAUGAGGAAGGUACCAAAUUAGCUAAGAAAGUUAAUGCAUAUGGUUAUGUAGAAUGUAGUGCUUUAACUCAGCAGGGUCUCAAUGACGUUUUUGUUGAGGCAAUAUUGGCCGUUUUGUCUCCAAAAAAUAAGAGACCUGCUCCUAGACGAGGGAGACGAAAAUGUGUAAUUUUAUGAGCGAAAUUCAACUGAUCUCUGCUACAGUGAAAGUUAAAUAAGAAACUAUAUAAUGUAACAGUCAUCGUUUCAGCAUCAUAAAGUUGAAGCUUAUAUGUGCAAAUAUACAGUGUGUACAUAUGAUAUAUACCUAUAUAUAUAUAGGUGAUAUUUUGGAGGAAAAACAGAAAAUAGAACUUAAACAUAUGUAUUACAUGUGAUGAUUUUGUUAUAUAUUGUAUAUUACUGAAAAUCAGUUUACAUAUUGUCAAAAUAUUAAAGUAUGGGGGCAUCUGUGUCAUAUGUAUACGUUUUUAGUUUAUUAUCUUUUUUUCGAACGUUCAGUUAACAUCUCUAACAUCUGUAAUUUCUAUAAUAUAAUGUAAAUCAUUUUACCAUAAUUAUAUAUAUUGUAAAUGAAAUAUAAAAGACGAUUUAGCGAAGUGUACAUGUGUUUAUAUAACUGUAUACACAUUUUGUCAUGGACAGUUUGGGUGUAUGAGCUGUAACUUAAAGCUACAUGUAUAUUUCAAAUUGAUGCAUAUUCGUACAUCCGCGUAUGAAAGUACAACUUCAUUCAAAACGGUCAAAUAACGUCAUCUAAACGUUAUCCGCAGUUAAACUCAUUCUUUAAGUAACAACUGCGCGAUCAACAUUAUCGGGUAACCUUCAACCCCUGACAGACACUCCCUCAAUCGUUUUUUAAGUACCGUAAGAAAGGGAAAUUCAAGGAAAUUUAUGAGUUCAUAAAUCUGAUUUCAUCUGUUCUAACGACACUUGAUAUCUUGUCCUUGCAACGAGGAACACUUUCUGAGCUUACUUACUUUAAGUAAUUAAACAAUAAUCACAUUUAUUGUUUAGAUUGUUAUUUUAUUUCCAGUGUCAAGAUGUUUUCCAAGUAUCUCUCUUUAUUCAUAUAUAUAAUAUUUAUAUAUAUUAACAUGUAUGGGCUAAUAUACAUUAUAUAUAUCAGAAUAGACACUUAAAUCCAAAAAGAAGAAGGAAGAUAUUACAGCACGUGGGUAUCAUUGUUUAAUUUAACAGACACUAAAUAAUAAGAGUAUAUAAUUAAGAUACAAUUGUUCUGUUCAGUGGAUGUGUGUGUGUAAGAUACUUGAAGUUGUUGAAAUCACGUACUGUUUCAUAUCAAAUUAAAGGAAAAAAAUAAACUGAAAUAAUUUUGUCUUAUUUUAUUAUAAUUAUUGCUUUUAAUUCGUUUAUUGAAAAUGCCAGUUUUGGUCACUAGUGGCUUUGAGUAUAUGACAUCUUAAGUUGUUGAAAGAAGCGGCAAAUGGAUGAUAAUCUGGUAAAAACUGAAUAAAAUUGAGUGAUUCUGGCUAAAUUGGCAAAGUUCAGUAAAAGUAAAAUUUCAGGUACGUGUUGAAUGACCCCUAUAAAAUAUAAUUAUAUUCAUAGAAAGAAAUCAUGAAAUGUAAUGCCAUAAUUUCUUUAAAAUUUCAACAUUAAAAUGAUUAAACAUAAUGUUAUGAUUUCGUUAAAGUAGCAAGAUCCAUGUUU